AUGGCGGCUGUUAAACAGCAGGUACUGAACUGGCUUUACAGUGUCUUAACAAGUGAAUACAAAGAUGUAAACCGUACAUACACCGAUGUGGCUCAGACGCUGUCGCAUUACUCCUCACUCUCCCCACGAACCGAUGUCUACACCUACGAGAAUGGCAAGCCGGCGCUCCUCCUCCACAUUUCGGGCACUCUCCCAGUUGUCUUUCGAGGCACCACAUACCGAUUCCCGGUAGCAAUAUGGGUACCGCAUGCCUAUCCAAUGGAACCUCCGCUUGUAUAUGCUGCACCGACCGACGGGAUGAUGGUCAGGCCAGGUCAACACGUUGAUUCGCAGGGCAAGGUCUAUCAUCCAUACUUGGUUGGGUGGGCAGAGUUCUGGGAUAAAUCCAAUAUCCUCGAUUUCAUGGCGAUUUUGAGAGAGAUAUUUGCCAAAGAACCUCCCGUUGUGUCUCGACAACAACAGACCAUCCCUCGUCCCCAGCCUAGUCAAACACCCCCACCAAUACCACCUCCUCCACCCGGCAGACCAACAUCUAUAUAUUCGAAUACUCCCGAUUUAAGCGGGCGAGCUGGUCCCCCACCUCCACCUCCUCCGCCAAAACUUAAUAGCAAUUUUCAACAAUACUCAACCGCAGGGCCCUCUGGAAAGGACAGUGGUCCACCCCUCCCUCCUUUGCCCCCUGGUCAUGAGAACUCCCGAUACGGGCAACAAGGGCGGCCGGUUUCAAAUGAAUGCUUGCAAAGGCCCAGCAGUCUUAACUACGAGAGAUCAUCUCCAUCGCCUCUGCCUCAACGGCAACAAAGCUCGAGAGACGGUUCUGCCGGUCCUCUGUCUCCGCCGCGAAUCCAAUCAUACCAACAGCAAUACUCAUCUCAGAACCCAAAUCCUCUCUACAGUCCCCAACAAGCUCGAUCGCCACCCAUAUACAAUGCCCAAAAGCAACCGCAACAGCAAUAUCAAGGCCAGCCAUCCCAAUUGCAACAGCACUACCCCCAACAGCCACCCUCGCAACUCCUCGCCAAGCCUCCACCCCCUCCCGAUCUCCUAGACGCCCCUCUCGUCCUCGAUAUCCCCUCCGAAGCAUCUACAAACCUUCCCGCGCCUCCUAUCCCCCCAAAUCCCGAAAAAGACAUGCUUCUCCACAAGCUAGGCCAAGCUCUCUAUUCCCAACGCCAACAUACACGCAAUCAGACAAGCGCCAGUCUACCAGGCCUGGAAGCACAGCACAAAGCCAUGCUGAUCUCGCUCAACAGCAUGCAGGCAGAGAUUCAAGCUCUAGAGUCCCUAAGCAGUUUGUUGUCUACAAAUACACAAAUCCUACGUUCUGCUCUCCACGGUGCAGAUGAGGUCAUCGAGUCGAGUCAGCAUCGUACGGCGCCGAGUGUAGAUGAGCUGCUCGUAGCGCCUACUGUGGUCGCAAAUCAGCUUUAUGGGCUUGUGAGCGAGGAAAGGAGUUUAGGGGAUGCCCUGUUCAUUCUUGGGAGGGCAGUUGAACGGGGUAGAAUCACGCCAGCAGUGUUCGCGAAGAUGACAAGGUCCUUGGCUCGGGAGUGGUAUUUAAAGAAGGCAUUGGUAAAGAAGAUUGGGGAGGGGAUGGGUUUAGAAACGUAUUGA